AUGAGUCACGCCCCCACCAGUAUUAGCAUAGCCGGCUUUGCAACUGUUCUGGGACUUUGUGCGGAUAUUGGGAUGCACCCUCAAAAUCCAGUGCUCACUCAGUUAAAAGACUCGUGUAUUGACAAACUUUCUGAAGAGCAAGUUGGAGUGUCACACCUCUGCCUGCUUGGUGAGGUGGCAUGUAACUUGGAGGGAAACUCUGAGCUUUUAGAUCGAGUUCUUAACUCUUUGUGGUGGAAAGUCAAUAGAGACCUUACUGCAGUCGAAGCUUCCCAGAUGUACAUCUUUCUUGCCCAUAUUAGUGACCCCAGUCUGUGCCAAGACCUCCUAACGAAGCUAAACAGGCAAACAGAGACACUGGCUCUGAGGUUGCCUGCCAGCUCUGUAUGUGACAUCCUUCAUGCUCUGGCGGUGCUGAGGCAGGGCAAAGCCUUUUCACUGAUACUCAAACUGAACAGACGGGCAUCCCAUCUGCUGAAGCAUUUCAGUGACACAGAACUUAUCAAACUACUGAAAGCCCUCAUUUACCUUGGACAGUGCGAUGAGGCGCUAUUUGCCUCCAUGGAAAAACAUCUACCCAAAAGGCUUCUCACUGCUGACCCAGAGCUGACAAGCAGUCUAAUGGAAUACUGUCUCUACACACGGUGUCGCUCUGAGCCCAUUUUUGAGGCUGUGGCUGAAAGUUUUGUUCUGAAUUCAGAAAGCUACAGCACCUCACAAAUUGCCCGGCAGGUUGUCGCAAUGGGGAGGCUGAAUUACUUGCCAGGAUGCGCUAGAGAGAUGUUCAAGAAGUUGGAGAGUGUCCUGUCAUCUCGAUUUGCUCAGUUUCCGCCACGGGCUCUGGUGGACAUCCUGCACUCCUGCAUACAUCUUGAGCGGUUUCCCCUCAACUUUAUGGCUAAAGUCUUCAGUCCCUACUUUCUUCAGAGACUAGAAGUAACACAAGGGGAAUGUCUGGAUAAGAAUGCCCUGGCUCAGCUUACCCAGCUAAACAUGUCCACAUUACUAGAAUGCACAUAUUACCAGGGUCCUAGGCUGCCCUACUACUACCAUGUGAAGAAGUUUGCUUCAGGAGAUCAGUUAUUUGAGACUCCAAUGGACAGCUACCUCUACAGGCAGAUCAAAGGCCCACUGUGCAAACUACUUGGUGGAAAGGACAAAUUCUCCACAAGAGCCUUCACACACAAUGGAUACACAAUUGACGUUGAGAUCAGUAUGGAUGAAAACGGCUAUGUUUUGCCUCUUACACAAUGGGACCAAACUCACAGAAGAACUGCCCUAUGUUUAGAUGGCCAGGACCGCUUCUGUACCAAUACAAACCACCUCCUAGGGAAAGAGGCCACUAAGAGGAGACACCUGCAUAGACUAGGCUAUGACGUUGUACAGAUACCUUAUUAUGAGUUUGAGAAGCUGGAAACUGCUGAAGAACGUAUGAAAUAUCUCCAGAAGAAAAUAUUUCCUACUAUAUUUAGGUUUUAUCGUUGA